GGGGAAUUCACUUUUCAGCACACCCGACGUCAGUUACUUUCGCGUGGUGCACGAGGGAUCGGCCCAGCAGGUACACCAAGAGUUUGAAGAGUGAGACGAAAAAUAUUCGACUCAGCAAUGCAUCCACGACAAUUGUAUCCUUCUCACCACAGGGGUACUUCACACAUCCCAGUUGUCCAAAGAAUGCCCCGUGAGAGGAAUAAUGUGCGAGUUACACUAGAUAGACAUGUUGUGAACGAUAAUCACAGUCACUUGCGCAUGAAUAGACACACCAAUGAUGAUCCAGUUGUAUUCAAUAGGUCAAGACUACAGUGGUACGACUCAAAUACACGUGGACAACUCUCGCCUGAGCCGCCGACACGUCUACAACCAUCUGGACUCAUUAGAAUGAGUGAAUUAGAAAAACUGCCAGUUAGCAUAUACAGGGUCAAGAGGCACGAACCGACCAACAGUGAUCAAGCACAUGCAGCUAACUCAUUCAUUAGCUCACCCAACACUUCGACGUGUAUUCCGGUAAUAAAUAGAAAUCAGAGCAGUACAUCAUUGUCACCGGGAUCCGCUUAUCUACAGCCUGAGUCGAAAUCAGCCACGCUCUUCGACAUUCAACCCAUACAGUCGUCGCCGUCAAGGGGUCGACCUGAGUGUGAGAUAUGUCUGAAUGAAUAUCAAAACAAAGAUCGGCUCCGACAUCUUCCUUGUGGUCACGCGUUCCACACGAAGUGCAUCGACAUUUGGCUGAAACAGUCGACAACAUGCCCAAAAUGUCGUGCUGGAAUCCGUACUGCACUGGGUCGACUGGAACGUGCCCGUCUUCGACUAAGGACUCAGUCAAACAACGGAACAAGUUCGACAGCAGCAUCUGUACGACCUCCUCGUCCACGACUGUGUGCUUCCACUUCAGGUGCUCAGGAACAGAAUCGUACAACGACCUCAGGACAGAGUUCAACCAUCACAAGUACUUCCACUACUGCCAAUUCUACUAAUCGAAGCCAAAUGACAACUCGUAAUACUGUUGGUCCGAGUUCCUCUGACACGUCGACCAGUCGUAGUCUUCGUCAACGAGUUAAACCUUCUUAUUCUCCAUGCACAACCUCCGCUACCACCAAUACCAUCACUAACACCACAACUGCUACAACGACAUCAGCUACCAGUACUGUUGCUGCGACAGUUUCUUCUACUAGUUAUCAUACAAAUACUCCAGCUAAUAGACGAAAUCAAAGGGAUGUAUCGAAUCAACUUCCGUUCAGCCAACCACUGCAUCGCAUACACCAGAAAUUGUUCCGUCUCAAGACACUGGGAGUAAUCAAAUUCAGUUGACAUCCAAUCAAUACAAUCCACAAGUGAACACGAAACGUUGUGAAAGAGUUAAUGAGUCGACGACCGCUCGACAGAAGGCUGUGGAAGCAGCUCUGAGACGAGAAGCAGAGUUCCGCCGGAGACAACUGAAUGAAGUGGAUGGGACGUUGAAUUAACUGCCGCGAAAGCAACACACAGAUCAGUACGUCUUGGUGUUCUCUUUCGGAAUACAACUAAUGAAGAAGUAGUGAAUUCUGCAGACUCAAUAAAUGCGCUUCAUAUUUCUCAUAUACUCAUUGCCAGUAUGAAGUAGUUGUUCUUCUUCAAAGUUAUAUAUUUCUUAUUUAGAGCACAUUUUGUCUUUAUUAUUUUCAUUGUUAUUUCUAAUACCUUACAGAAUGUUGACUCCUCUUUCAUGUUCUUCUCAUUCUUCUUCUUCUUCUCAUUGGUAUGUACCUUCAUUCGCUUACUUCUAGUGCCAUUGUACUUCGACACUGUCCCACUUGACAGUCAUUCAGCAUUCACUCUCGACAAUGCCAUAACAAUUAUGUCUACUAAGGUGUUGGUGAGAAACGACUGUAACCGCCUAAUUUAUAUCAGAAAUCGAUAAUUUAUUUUCAAUGAAGAAACAUCAUAAGAUCCUGUGAAAGACUGUUUGUUCUGUUGUGUUCACCACAUCAAUUUCAAAAUGUAAUUUUUGAGAAUGAAAUCUUUUGAACAUGUUUUGCAUUCAAUCUACAUGUGUGUAUUUUGCAUAGAAAUCGACGCCUGUCAACCUGAUAGAAGUGUUGAUACGGAUAAUGACAACAUUGAUGCAAAAGUUUGUUUAUGUUCAAACGUUUUUUCUUGUUUCAUUUGAGUUUACAAGUUUGUUGUUACUGUCUGCUUCACUAGCUCACCUAUAUCAAUGCACGUAUAUAUACAUGUAGAGCAACAUGUAGGUCGAAUAUAC